AUGUGGAUGGAGCCUUUCGGGUUUGCCGGCAUCGCUGCACUCAACGCGAAGAUCGAAGAAAGGACAGUUCUUCCCAGGGACCAUAAAGGCAACGAACAGCUCUUCGAGAAAGUUGCCCGACAUGUCAGCGCAGCAUUGGACAGAGCCUUCGUCCCCGAGACGCUCUCGUACCAGAGCGUUAAAGAACGGCUCGAACGGACAACUGCAAAACACGUCUUUGUCAAGGAUAUGGCCUACGGGAUGCCUGAUGGCGACGUUACUCGGUAUAUACCAAGCGGCUACCGGCACUCGUUCCUUAUUCGUAACCCCGAUCUGGUAUAUCCUGGAGUCCACAAGAUGUAUUACCCCCAUUUCAAAGCCAUUAACCGGUUACUCCCUGACGAAAAGGACGAAGCUAGCUUUGACGUCAGGAACCACAACGAGCUAGGAAUACACGAAAAUUACUUUAAGGAGUUGCAUGCCCUGUGGCGCUAUAUCCUCAAGGAGGUGGACCCGGAGGCAGUUGUCCUUGACUCGUCCGACCUGCUCAACGAUCCGGGUCGAGUUCUUCCUCGAUGGUGUGAGGCAGUGGGGCUGCCUUUCAAUGCUUCGAUGCUAUCGUGGCCGAAACCAAAGGUGGAAGAAAUUGGCAGGUGGAACUGGGGAUGCGCCUGGACAGCAGAACAGGUCUCUUUAAAUGCAUUCUAUGGAGGUGUUCUGAGGAGCACCUGUUUCAACCCCCCAAAGGCACCACCGCCAAGAGAACAACUUACCGACGAUGUCAUAGAAAUGGCGGAAGCAUCAAUGCCUUUCUAUAACGAAAUGCAUCAUCACCGUAUACGUGUCGACGAAGAUACUCUAUCUUAACAUAUUUUUUUUUCAUUCUACAUGGUUCCUUCAUUGAAAAUUGACAUGACACAAAUUUUGUUUUCACAGUUUAUAAUUGAAUAAUUAUAGUAAAAACAAACCAAUUAUUGAUAACCAAAUCAUAACAUUACUGCAAACAAUACUAUCUUAGAAAAGAAGUCAACAGUAAAGUUCCUGGGUAUUUUACUUGACGAAUGUCUUACAUGAUGGAACCCCCAGUUUGAAAACCUUACGUAUCACGUACGCUUGGCAUCAUGUCUAAGCUUAAAUUCUGCCCUCCCACUAAGGCGAUGAUUUUAUUGUACAACUCAUUUAUCUUGUCUUCAUUGUGAUAUGGUAUUAUUGUCUGGGGAAAUUGUUAUUCCAAACAUAUAUAUAUAUGCUGUUCAAAUUAUAAAAGAGAGCUGAACCUUACGUAAGGUUGUAUACAGGGUCUUAUUAUCUAGCCCACACCGACCCAAUUUUUAAAGGGCUUGGAUUACUAAAAGUUGCGGAUAUAUACCAUCCAGGCAGCACUUUUCAUGUUUAGAUUGAAAAAUUAAAUAUUGCCUUCCCAAUUCAAUUCUAUGUUUAUAUGUAAUUACCAAAUUCAUUCGUAUAACACAAGAGGCUCGGUAAAUUACCAUAUGAUAAAUC